UAGAAGGGUACACAAUGUAGACAGGCUACACGAUAAUAUGUCUACGAAACUUGCGAAACAAAUAGUAAACUCGUUUGGUUUUCGUCCAAAUCUUGCAACGAUCAAUUAUUCUAGCCUCCAUAAUGACUGGAAGGGUAUUUCUGUCCAGUUCUUCACAUUUAGAGGGAGCAGCCCCUCUCUCGUUCGAAAAGUGCUGUUUGACUGCAAUGGGAUGCAGUGGUCACCAGACAAAUGCAGGGUUUUUAUACAAGAAUGAAAGACUGCUUCUGUAUCCCAGUUACGAAGGAGUAAGGCUAAUGCAUCCUCCUGGAUGCCCAUGCCGUUUUUUGACAACAUCAGACAUUGUCAAUAUUCCAGAAAAUAACCUGAGUCGAGGAGUGAAACCAGCAGUAGCUGUCUUGCUUCAGUCAUCAGAUGGUUAUGUGUUGCUGACAAGACGAGCACAACACAUGCGCACCUUUCCUUGUGUGUGGGUUCCCCCAGGGGGCCACAUGGAGCCCGGAGAGACACUUAAACAAGCUUUACUAAGAGAACUCUCAGAGGAAACUGGAUUGACUUUUUCUGAGGAAAGCCUUGAAAUCUCAACACUUGGUCUGUGGGAGUCAGUGUUUCCUCCCGUUCUGUCGAUUGGUCUGCCUGUGAGGCACCAUAUCGUAGUGUACCACCUUGCCCAGGCUAAGGAAGACCAACAAACAUUACAGGAGGGGCUUAUUUUGAAUAAAGACGAGCUCGAUGCUUCGGCCUGGGUGGACCAUGCUACUAUAGUGGAAGUGGUACAAAGUGAUGACUUUGGCCAGUCAAGACCAGUACCACAAAGAUAUAUUAAAGCCACUGUGCUUGAAAAUGGUCAGAAAGUUGAGAAAAAUCUUCCUCUUUCAAUCCUGAUGUCUACCAUGCCUCGCACUUCAGAAGAUGGGCAGGAGUUGAACCAGGAACGACUCUCCACAGGGACGAAGUUCGCUCUAGAACAGUUGGUUAAAAAAGAUUUCCCUCCUGGAGGAGCUAAGAGCCCACCUGGCGGGGCGUGGUAGUUGAUAAGAGUGUUGAAUUCCUCAAGAUGAUAAUCAUAAUCAUAAUAACAAUUACAAUAAUGAUAUUUAAGACUUAUGUGCAAGCGUCUUCUUGCCCAUUAAGGGUUGAGUCAUAUUUCUUUUUUUUUCUUUUAAAUAUUUUUCUAACAUUUGUUUGAUAAGCUCGGCGUAAAUAAUUUUAAUACUCGAAUGAUAUAUUUUAUCCGUAACAACGAUUUCGACAAUGAAAACGUUGAUGACGAUGAUGAUAAUGGUAAAGUUCGGGUGGAGGCGUGUGUGUACAUCCAAGUUUUUAUUAAUUUUUUUUUAAAAAAAACUUUUUUGAUGAGGUCUGUAUUGAUCACAGUGAUGUAAGAUUUGCGAGAAAGCUAAUUUUAACGGUAAAAAGUACUUCUGAGGAGUUUCCCACAAUCGCCUUAGUCUCUACGUCGGUGGGGGGUGCGGUGGGGGUAUUAUAAGAUAGUUUGUCUAAUAAAAUGAGUUGAUAAUGUGAAGAAGAGAUUUUUUCGAAGAGAGUUUUUCGAGUGUGUAAAGAGGAAUUAUGGGUUGUGUAAAAUUGUAAGACUGCACAUGACAACCCCGAAAGGUAUUGUACAGUAGGUAGGCUUUAGGUGACCUAGGUAGGUAGGUAGGUUUUCUUGACCUUAGUAUUUUAGGAUAUGGAAAUCUGAGAAAACGUCACUGUAAGGACUAGACAUAGCGGGUUUGAUGAAUUCAUUUAUUUAUUUAUUGGACUCAUAGACAUUCAUGAUUACGGGUUACCCCAGAUUACCUUUCGAGAUUUUCGCAUGCACUUUUUUCCGGCAACCUUUCCCGAAACAGCUGGAUACAGAUGAAGCUACACUAUAUGUGGAAACAAUUGGAAAUCGUUGACUGGUUGAAAAAAAUCAGUUUAGGAAUUUAAAAUUCCUCAAAGCGCACGGGUGUUUACUGUAACAAUUAUAUUCAAUUUUUGUUUAGUAGAGGAUUUAUGUGUUGAAGGGCACUAAGAGGGCGUGGAAUGACGCUGGUCAAAAGCAUUUUCUUGAUUCAAUUUCAUUCGACUUAAGUAGGAUUAAGGUUUUGGGUUGAAAUAUGUUGAGGUGGAAUUUGAAAGACACGUGUGCGAAUUUACCGUGUGGUAAUGAUGGCGUUGGCCCAGUAUUUAACUCUCCUAUAAAGCGCGCGUUCUGAUUGGUCUAUUCAGUGUCAGCCAUUUGCUCAUGGGUGUACACUGCCGACGUGAACAAAUGCCAAGAAUAGUAUUCGCGCGCUUGUUUUUUCUGGUCACGCAAGAUUUGUUAAAUAAAAGGGAAAUC